AUGGACAAGGAAAUAAUUAGUUGGUUGCAAGAAGAAGACCUAAGCGACUUGAUUGAGAUGUUUACAAUAGUACUUUCUUUUAAAUCAUCUGAAGAAUUAGCAACUUUAGACUUCGAGGAACUACUAAAAAAUCACUCCUUAAAAAGUAAUGCCGCUCUUGAGAAUUUUAAAAAAACGGGAAUGCUCACAGAUUCAGAUAGAUCUGCUAUAACUGAAGCUGUCGCUAAUACUCUUCUCCAUCUGACACAAUUGUAAAUGU